AUGGCCGCGAGCGGCGUCGCGCUCUUCGCGCGCAUCGGCGAGGACGAGGGCGCCGCCGGCGACGUCUACCCGUCCGGCCGCUACGACCCGGAAGCCGCGGCGCGCUACUUCUCGCGGCGCCCCCUGCAGACGCUGCGGCGCUUCGCGGCCAUCGCGGGCCCGAGCGCGGGCUUCGGCGCGCGCGUCGCGCUGGACGUCGCCACGGGGAAUACGCAAACCAACGAGGCGACACGCGCCGCCGAACUCCUGGCGAUCCUCGCGGCGCUCGGGCCGACGUUCAUCAAGGUCGGCCAGGCGCUGUCCAUCCGCUCGGACCUCCUGAGCGAGGCCUACUGCGAGGCGCUGGCGACGCUCCAGGACGCCUGCCCGCCCUUCGACGACGCCGAGGCGCGCGCGCUCAUCGCCGCGGAGCUGGGCGUCGGUCGCGCGGCGGACGUCUUCGACGAGCUGACGCCGACGCCCAUCGCGUCCGCGUCGUUGGGCCAGGUCUACCGCGGCUACGUGGACGACGGCGACGAGCGCGUGCGCGUCGCCGUCAAGGUGCAGCGGCCCGACGUCGCGGAGACCAUCGCGCUCGACCUGCACCUCUUGCGGGUCGUCGGCGCGCCGCUCCGAAAGAUCGCGAACCUCAACACGGAUUUGGUGGGCAUCGUCGACGCCUGGGGCGUGCGCUUCGUCGACGAGCUCGACUACCGGCGCGAGGCCAAGAACGCGCGCAACUUCAUCGACUCCAUUUCGCAAACGCCUCUGGCGGACGCGGUCUUCGCGCCGAAGCCCGUGGAAGCGGCGUCGUCGCGCCGCGUGCUCGCGACGCGGUGGGUCGACGGCCAGCGCCUGGACGCGGACGUGGGCGCCGACGACGACACGGCGCGGAAGCGCGUCUCGGCGCUCUGCGGCGUGGCCAUGAACGCGUACCUGACGAUGAUGCUCGAGACGGGUUUGCUGCACGCGGAUCCGCACCCGGGGAACCUCAUCGUGGAGGCGGACACGGGGCGCCUCGCCAUCCUCGACUGGGGUCUGGUGACGGAGCUCGACCCGGGGCUCCAGGUGGCCUACAUCGAGCACAUCGCCCACCUCGUGGCCAAGGACUACGCGUCCGUGCCGGCGGAUCUCGUGAAGCUCGGGUUCGUGCCCGAGGGCUACGAGGAGGCCAUCGCGGGCGGCGACGCCGUGCAGGUGCUGUCCGACGUCGUCGGCCAGAUGCGCGCGUUGGCGGACCGCCAGGGGAACCUGUUCCGGCUGCCGCCGUACUUCGCGUACAUCGCGCGGGCGUUUAGCGUGCUGGAGGGCAUCGGCCUCCAGAACGACCCGGACUACGCCAUCGUCGGCGAGUGCCUGCCCUACGUGUCCCAAAGGUUGUUGUCGGACCCGUCGCCGCGGGUCGCCGCCGCGCUC